GGGCCGCCGCGGCCGCAGCAUCGCGGCGCGGUGGCAGGGAUGGAGCCGUGGAAGCAGUGCGGGCAGUGGCUGAUCAGCUGCAAGGUGCUGCCGCCCAACCACCGGGUCACCUGGGACACGGCCCAGGUCUUCGACCUGGCGCAAACGCUGCGCGACGGCGUCCUGCUCUGCCAGCUCCUCAACAACCUGCGCGGCCACUCCAUCAACCUCAAGGAGAUCAACCUGCGCCCGCAGAUGUCCCAGUUUCUUUGCUUGAAGAAUAUAAGGACUUUUCUUUCGGCAUGUUGUGAAAUAUUUGGAAUGAAGAAGAGUGAGCUUUUUGAAGCAUUCGAUUUGUUUGAUGUGAGAGAUUUUGGAAAGGUGAUAGAAACACUUUCAAAACUUUCUCGCACUCCUAUUGCAUUAGGCACAGGAAUAAGGCCCUUCCCUACAGAAGAAAUUGUUGAUGAUGAAGAUGUCUACAAAGGUCUUCCUGAUUUAAUAGAUGAAACUGGUGUUGAUGAAGAUGAGGAGUUGUAUGACUGUGUCUAUGGAGAAGAUGAAGGUGGGGAGGUUUAUGAAGACCUAAUGAAAGAUGAAGCAGCACAGCAACCUAAAUAUACUGAAAAUGACAUAAGAAGCUGUUGUCUCGGUGAAAUAAAGCAAACUGAAGAGAAGUACACUGAAACUCUGGAAUCAAUAGAGAAAUUUUUCAUGGUGCCAUUGAAAAGGUUUCUGUCAGCAUCAGAGUUUGAUACUGUUUUCAUCAACAUUCCUGAUUUGGUGAAAAUUCACAGGAAUCUAACACAGGACAUCAAUGAUUCCAUUGUUAACAAAAAUGAUCAGAACCUAUAUCAGAUUUUUAUUAGCUACAAGGAAAGAUUGGUUGUUUAUGGACAGUACUGCAGUCAAGUGGAGAUAGCGAUAUCAUGUUUAGACAACAUCUCUAAGACAAAAGAAGAUGUUAAAUUGAAGUUAGAGGAAUGUUCCAAGAGGGCCAAUAAUGGGAAAUUUACAUUGCGGGAUCUUCUGGUGGUUCCAAUGCAGAGAGUUCUAAAAUAUCACCUACUGCUCCAGGAGCUGGUGAAGCACACUACUGAUCCCAUGGAGAAGGCAAAUCUAAAACUGGCACUUGAUGCAAUGAAGGACUUGGCUCAAUAUGUAAAUGAAGUGAAGAGAGAUAAUGAAACACUCCGUGAAAUUAGACAGUUUCAACUAUCAAUAGAGAAUUUGAAUCAUUCCCUCUUACAGUAUGGAAGACCUCAAGGUGAUGGGGAAAUAAGGAUAACUACAUUAGAUAAACGUGCAAGGCAAGACAGGCAUAUCUUCUUGUUUGAUCUAGCUGUAAUUGUUUGCAAACGGAGAGGUGAUAAUUAUGAAAUGAAGGAAAUAAUAGAUCUUCAGAAAUACAAAAUUACAAAUAACCCUACUACUGAUAAAGAAAAUAAGAAGUGGUCUUAUGGCUUCUACCUCAUUCAUAUCCAAGGUCAAAAUGGUUUAGAAGUUUAUUGCAAAACUAAAGACUUGAAGAAAAAAUGGCUUGAACAAUUCCAGAUGGCUCUGUCCAACAUACGGCCAGACUAUGCGGAUACAAGCUUUCAUGAGUUCAAAAUGCAUACCUUCAGUCGCGUGACAUCUUGCAAAGUCUGUCAGAUGCUUCUGAGGGGAACAUUUUAUCAAGGCUAUUUAUGUUCUAAGUGUGGAGCUGGAGCACACAAAGAAUGUUUAGGAAGAUUAGACAAUUGUGGCAGAGCUAAUUCAGGUGAACACGGGAACCUGAAACAUGAGAAACGAACGAAUGGAAUUAGAAGAAACUCUAGGCACAUGGACCCAGGUUUACCAAAAAUGCAAGUUAUUCGAAACUACAGUGGAAUACCACAGCCAGCAACACAAGAUGGUCCACCAUUGCAUAUCCAGAUUGGGGACACAAUUGAACUAAUUAGAGGAGAUGCACAUAGCUUAUUUUGGCAGGGCAGAAAUCUAACAACAGGAGAGCUUGGAUUCUUCCCAAGUGAUGCAGUAAAGCCUAGCCCAUGUGUUCCUAAACCAGUAGACUACUCUUCACAACUGUGGUUUGCAGGAGCGAUGGAAAGAUUGCAAGCAGAGAGUGAACUUAUUAACAGAGUAAAUAGCACUUACCUGGUGCGACACCGGACCAAAGAGUCAGGAGAAUAUGCAAUUAGUAUUAAGUACAAUAAUGAAGUGAAACACAUCAAGAUUUUAACAAGAGAUGGCUUUUUCCACAUUGCAGAAAACAGAAAAUUUAAAAAUUUAUUGGAACUUGUAGAAUACUAUAAGCACCAUUCUCUCAAAGAAGGUUUUCGAAGUUUGGAUACUACUCUUCAAUUUCCAUACAAAGAAUCUGAGAACUCAGUGGGACAAAGGAGUAACAGAACAGGUGGCAACUCCCCUUCUUUGUUCUGUGGGUUUUCUUUUGUAACUCCUCCAGACUACAGCUUUGAUCCCCCUUCCUCCACUCCUUUCUGGUCAGUGCUAAGCCCAAAGGUGAUAGGCAUUGCCAUAGCCAGGUAUGACUUCUGUGCAAGAGACAUGAGAGAACUGUCCUUAUUAAAAGGGGAUGUUGUAAAAAUUUAUACAAAGAUGAGUGCGAAUGGCUGGUGGAGAGGUGAAGUAAAUGGAAGGGUGGGCUGGUUUCCAUCAACUUAUGUUGAAGAAGACGAAUGAAUUAAAAACUUUCCUCUGCUGACCAGCA